AUGACCAUCGCACCCGUCACCAUCUGGGGCCGCCCGCCCUCGACCAACGUCAAGAAGGCCGUCUGGGCCGCCGAGGAGCUUGGCGUGGCGUACAACUUUGAGCUGUCGUCGGGCAUCCACGGACGCAACGAUGAGAUCCGCGCCGCGGGCAACCCGAACGGGCUGGUGCCUACGCUCGUCGACGGCGACUUUGUGCUGUGGGAGUCGAACGCGAUCGUCCGCUACCUCGGGCACAAGUACGGCGCGGGCACCGCCUUCUUCCCCGACUCGCCCGAGGCGCGCGCAUCCGCCGACAAGUGGCUCGACUGGAACGCGACCUUCCUCAAGGCUGUCUGGGACGCGUUCUACCUCAACGUCCGCGCAAAGGACAAGUACGACGCCGAGAAGGUCAAGGCGUCCGCCGAGGCCGUCGCCAAGGUCAUCACCGAGGUCGUCGAGCCCACCCUCAAGAAGCAAAAGUACCUCUCUGGCGACGAGUUCGGCUUUGGCGACAUUGCGCUCGGCGCCGCUGCGUACCUCUGGUUCGGCGGCGUCCCCGAGUCUGAGCGCAUCGCGCUCCCCGUCUUCGACGAGUGGUACGCCCGCAUCUCGGUCCGCCCGGCCUUCAAGAAGGCCGUCGCUGUCCCCUGGUAG